AUGGCGACGCUAACCGAGACCAAAAACAACAGGUUUCAGCAUCACGUUGGAUUCGACAAUGUCCCCAGUGGAGAGGCAACCAAGAACAACACCCUCUCAUUGACUCUCAACGUUCGACACAAGGGCUACCAAGCUCGACGCAGAUCACGCAGCUUCAUGGUCGGCGUUGAUGAGCAUUCCUACUCCGACUAUGCGAUUCAGUGGUUACUCGACGAGCUGGUCGACGAUGGCGAUGAAAUUGUCUGCGUCCGGGUCAUCGAAAAGGAAAUUCGCUACAAUGAUAAACAGUACCAAGAAGAUGCGGCCAAUGUUAUGCAAAACAUUUUGGCCAAGAACGGUGCCAAUCGCGCCAUCAGCUUCGUCCUCGAGUACGCCGUCGGCAAAUUACAUGCAACCUUCCAGAAGCUGAUUCAAAUGUACCAGCCAGCCAUGCUCAUUGUUGGCACUAGAGGUCGCUCACUGGGUGGCAUUCAAGGACUGGUCAAUUCUCGCAAUUCCUUUUCGAAAUACUGUCUACAAUACUCGCCAGUUCCCGUCGUUGUCGUCCGCCCGACAGAGAAGCGCAUAAAGAAGAAGGUGAAGCGUGCCAACGACACGACUCGCCAGACUUAUUUGGGAAUGCUCGCAGCCACCCAUGGCCUGCACGAAGCCGACAGCGAAACUAGCAGUUUGUACGAAUUAGAACCACAGGCUUCGCCAGACGAAGAGGCACACCAAGUUGCCAAGGUGCUGGGGCUGCCGGCCGCCUUUGACCCGACAAUCAAGCCGCUGCGAGACAGCUUACUCCCACGCUCUCGCCCGUCGAGUCCCAACCCAGCUGUUAAUGGCACGCCGGAGAGACAGCCGCUAGAGCGGUCACCGGGGAGUGCUGGAGGCGAUACCGAAGAAGAGGAAGAAGAAGAAGAGGAGGAGUUUGACGUUGUGGACGGACUGGAUGCGCUUGAUCAGCAACAGAAGCUGGAACAACUACACAAGAUGGAAGUUGGAGAGGCUGCCGCCCUUAGAAAGGGUGUGGACAAUGAAGAUGAGGAAGAGUCAGAUGAGGCCCAAGAGUCCAAAGAAGCCCAUGAUGACGAAGCGUGUGACUGGCCGCCGCCUCCAAAGGAUCGGCGACGCAUAGAGCCUGUCCAGCCAUCGUGCCAUGACGUCUCUGUGGAUAUCCCGGUAGCAUUGGACUCUUGUGCACAUGAAGCGCAUGAUUCGAAUGGUCUGGUGCAGGAGAGCCGGCAGCAGUCCCUCGAACACAUCAACAAGCAAGACGGCGACAGCGACAGCAGUAGCGACAAUCGUGCCAGCGCCGUUCUCCCACAACCGGACAUACACGUCGUCACGAUUGACGAGCCAAAUGGGGGCUCCCAAAUCCAGCGCAGCUCAGAAGUGUCAUAUCCAAUGCCCAUGGAUGACUUUGAACGCCGUGCCCGGGCCAGCUCUGCACCGUGUUAUCUACGAGUAGAUCCGCCAUCCUUUUUUCAUAGCCGCGAAGACGCUAUCCAGGCAAGGCUACGGCGGAACCGGCUAUUUCUGGCGCGGCUAGGCAGACAGUAUCGAGAAGAGGACCUGACAGGGUGGAGACAAUGGACGGCUAGUCUUUUUCAAGACCAGAUUGUUGCUCGGGAUUUUGCAGGCACACCACUAGCUGCACCCCAUCGGAUUCCCGCUCAACGCGCGACUGCCGUGGGAGAGACCGAAGCAGAAACUCAGCAAUCAGGCGAGGUGAAUGAGGCUGAAGAUGAAGGCUCUGGGAGGGAGGACCAAGAGGAAGACCCAGAGGAAGACCCAGAGGAAGACCCAGAGGAAGACCAAGGGGAAGACCAAGGGGAGGACCAAGGGGAAGAUCAAGGGGAUGAUCAAGGGGAGGACCAAGGAGAAGAUCAAGGACAGGAUUAA